AUGCCGGGGGCCACCAGGAGCCCCGCGCUCGACCACGACGGAGAGAUGCCCUCACAAAUGCAGUCGCAAACGGAAAGAGAUUCGGAGAGCCCGAAACCCUCCUCCAAGGACGGAAAAACAUCAGAUGGAGGGAGCGGCGGACGAGAGGGCAAGGGGGCGGACAAGAAGGGCGCGGGGGGAGGGGGCUGGCUGUCCGGGGUCCUCAGCAAGCUGGCGCUCAGGCCCCCCAACCAGAUGAUACUACCAGACGACAAGAACCCCACAAUCGUGUGGGACGAGGAGAACAAGUGCUGGCGCGACACGGCGUCCGGGGACUCCGGGGAGGCCUCGCGUCCCCCGCCGCCGCCCCCCACCGGACCCCUGCUGGCCGCCGCCGGCCCGCCCGGAGCCCUGGCGAGCCCCGCGCUCGUGUCCUCCACGCCGCUGGCCUCCCCCUCCGCCAACAUGUUGAGGAUGCAGAAGGGACGACAUAUAAAGAAGUCUUACGUGGACGUCCUGAACCCCGGGGGAGCCACCGCCGCCCCCGCCGCAGCCCUGGCGCCCCCUCCCCCCCCUGCGCCGGGUGCUCCGCCGUCGUACUUCAUACCGGCGCCAGUCCCUCACCAGCGGCGGCCAGUCCACGUGUUAGUGUCGCUGCCCCGCUCCUCGCCUCCUCCGCCCCCCUCCUGGACCCCUCCACUCGUCGAGGGGGGCAUCUUCGACCCCGCGCAGAUCGCCGAGGACGACUACCGCAGCGGGAUCUGA